CAGACCUGUGCGAAACAAAAGCACUUCUCUCCCCACGUUUAACGCCUUCAAAGCACGUCUUAAAGCUGUCAAAGGAAACAAGGAGUUACUCGGCAGAGUCGCAGAUUACACAGGAUUACAGCAGCCCUUAGACAAAGUUGGGCUCUGUUGUCUUGGCUUUGGUGGCAAGAGCAGGAGUGGCUUGAUCCUAAAGCAGCUCUUCAGAUCAGAUUUCACCCAAACCAGCUGUGAGAAGGAGCUUUGCCUUUUCUCCCCUCUCUCCUUCUCUCCAUAUUGUAAACGCGCUCCUGACAUCCAGAAAGAAAAAGGGGAGUGACGGAGAGAGUUCCCGAAGGAAUUUUCCUUCUCCUAGGCAAGAAUUGAAAAAGUCAUCAGAGUCUAGAGAACAGCGGCGAGGAUGGAUGAUCAGCCCCGGUUGAUGCACUCCUCUCACGGGGUGGGCAUGGCCGGACACCCCGGCCUGGCGCAGCAUAUGCAGGAUAGCACGGGAGGAGCGGACGGCGAGGGAAGAAAACAGGACAUUGGAGACAUAUUACAACAAAUCAUGACCAUAACCGACCAAAGUCUGGACGAGGCACAAGCCAGGAAACAUGCACUGAAUUGUCACAGAAUGAAGCCGGCUCUAUUCAACGUCCUUUGUGAAAUAAAAGAAAAAACAGUACUCAGUAUCCGUGGAGCUCAGGAGGAGGAGCCACCAGAUGCUCAGCUCAUGCGAUUGGACAACAUGCUGCUAGCCGAAGGCGUGUCCGGACCUGAGAAAGGAGGCGGGUCGGCUGCAGCAGCAGCCGCAGCUGCCGCGGCAGGUGGUGGCGGGCCCGAUAACUCGGCCGAACACUCUGACUACCGGGCCAAGCUGUCCCAGAUCCGUCAAAUCUACCAUACAGAAUUGGAGAAGUAUGAGCAGGCGUGUAAUGAGUUCACCACCCAUGUGAUGAACCUGCUGAGGGAGCAGUCUCGCACUCGGCCCAUCUCCCCCAAAGAGAUUGAGCGCAUGGUGAACAUCAUCCAUCGCAAGUUCAGCACCAUCCAGAUGCAGCUCAAGCAGAGCACCUGUGAAGCGGUCAUGAUCCUGCGCUCCCGCUUCCUAGAUGCCAGACGAAAAAGAAGAAACUUCAAUAAGCAAGCCACAGAGUUCCUGAAUGAAUACUUCUACUCCCACCUCAGCAACCCGUACCCCAGCGAAGAGGCCAAGGAGGAGCUGGCAAAGAAAUGCUCCAUUACAGUCUCACAGGUAUCCAACUGGUUUGGAAACAAGAGGAUCAGAUAUAAGAAAAAUAUUGGAAAAUUCCAAGAAGAAGCCAACAUGUACGCCGCCAGAACCGCCGUGACCGCAACCAAUGUCUCCACCCACGGCAGCCAAGCCAACUCGCCUUCCACACCAAAUUCAGCAGGGUCUGCUGGCUCUUUUAACAUGAACUCCGGGGACUUGUUCAUGAGUGUGCAGUCUCUGAAUGGGGACUCGUAUCAGGGGGCCCAAGUCGGGGCCAACGUUCAGUCACAGUUUGUGACUCACUUCUUGCAAAAGCGUGUUUAUAGUGAGGGAAUUCGUCAUAGUCGCUCUCGUUUAGAUUUCACGACGGGGUUUGUAGACGGUAACCUACAUCUUUGCAUUCAGAUAUGCGUUGUAUUUUUAAAUAUGCACUUUAUAAUUUUGUCUUUCGUUUUUUCCUCACGAAAGGCGAACGGAGGCUGGCAAGACGCCCCAACACCCUCCUCAGUGACCUCACCCACGGAAGGACCCGGGAGCGUCCAUUCUGAUACCUCCAACUGAUCAGCACCAUCCAUCCAUCCAUCCAUCUAUCCAUCCUCACAGCGCGUGGGAUCUUCAGACUGCUCGCGCUAAAGAUCCAGCAAUCCACCCUCCUCAGAUUUGGAUUAACGUCCCACACGGUCACACACAAUCAUGCCAUACUACCGUGGAACAUUGGGAUAUUUUACAAGAUUUUAGAAAACAAUUAUGAAUUUAAAAAUGAAAAAAAAAGAUGUGUUUGUACAGUUUUCACAGUGUAUUUUAGGUGGCACAGGGCGACUAACAAACCUGUGACUGUUUCAGUCUUAUGAGGCAAUUGUUAAUGAUGGAACAACCAGUCGUUGUGUUUCAAUUUAAAUGCUUCAUUCUACCUCUCAGUAAAAAUAAAAAAAAUUACAAAAAAAAAAUACAUAAAAGAACAGUCCUUGUUUUCUAAAAACAAAAAAUUGUAUCACUUGAUAUAGUGCUUGAGAGGAAGCUCUCCUUAUCGGUACGGUCAAUUCUUAUUGCUCUUUUGUUUGUUCAUAGUGAUAUAUUGACUACUUGUUUUUGUUUGUUUAUUGUUUUUUCAUUUAGCAUUUUUCAAAAGACCUUCCAGUAUCAAUUCAGCUAUAUUCAAGUAUUUCUUUUGAUUAUUUUUGCCCAAUAAAACAGAUUGUUCUUAUACAUCUUUGUGUAAAACGUGAAAUAGGAUGUGUGGAGGUCACUCAUACCAUUUCAAAGCUGAUUAUCAUAUUUUCCCCAUAAAAGCCAUCAAAAGAUGUCCAUUAGAUAAAGGAACAGGCUUACGUUUAUCGUAGAGAGCAGUCCAAACAACUCUGUUGUCGUAGAUUUCAUUUGGAGUCAUUUCCUCACUCUGUUUGUUUUCGAGGACACUGUCGAUGAAAAUACAACUGAUUCCGGAAAUGGUGGAAGCAUCAAGUCAUUAUGGUCUAUAAUGACAUUUCCUCCCCGCUUUCACUUCAGAUUGCUUUCAAAUGCUCCCUUAUUCCCUCUCUCCCUUAAGUGAAGGAAUUUGACAUAAAGAGCGAUAUUUUGGUUUAUACAGACAGAUGCCCUUUACUACUCCAAAUCAUUAAAAACAAGCACUAAUGCUCUUUAUUGUUUUGAAUUAGUUGAAUUAGUUUACCAUUUUUAUUUCUUAUUAUCUUAUGUUCACUUGCAAAAACCUUGAGGGUUUCAUCAAAAGGCCAUGUCUUAACAAAUGCUAACCUGACAUCUUGUUUUCCCUGUAAUUACAAGUACGAGAGCCAGCUGUAAGUGUACAGAUUUAGAAACGAGCACUGUACUUUUAACAUUACAGCCGAGUGUUACUGGUCACCAAAAUCCUUUGUGUAAACGCUGUAAAAGAAUAUGAAUAGCUGGUCAAACAUAAUGAGCUUUUUUCUCAAUUUUCUGUAGCGUUUGUAAGGAUGUCAGAAAUUAAGAUACGCAACAUACAAGCGAGUCUUUUGGCCAAUCUGCAUUGCUGAUGCCACUGUUUCCAUUGUGAAAUCAUGACAGAUGUAGCUCUUCUGCCUAAUUGAAAAAAUUAUCUUGAAGAAUCCAAUAGUUAACUAAUUUUUGUUGAAAAUAUAUCCCUGUCUGCCGGGGCUCUGGGUAAUGAAGUUUGUUUUGCAGUACAUUGAAUCAGAUACCAUUUAAAUGGGGAAGUCAUUAAGUUAAUAAGAUUUGGACAUUUCGACGGUCACUCUUAGCUGUGUUUAUGCAGGUAAAGCGCCAUACACCCACUUUGCCCCGAACCCAGAAACCAAGUUCAGCUGCUUCUGAACAAGUUUCAAACACUGACUUGAGAUGAUCGAUCAUCUCUGCCUUGAUUUAUAUGUAUCGCUAAUAUGACCUCAGUGUCUGAUAUCAUAUUAUCCCCUUUUAGUUUGUGCUCUCUAACAAGUGUUCUACCAAAAACACCUUUUUGAACAAUUGCCAAAAAGGAAGACGCUCCGAUUUAUUUCAGAAAUGGAUUAUGGGGGGAAAUGUUUGGUAAUGUUCAUCGCUAUACACUAGCAAAACCAAAAAUGUAAAAACUGAAAGUUGCUUAUGUAUGUAUAAGAAACAGAAAUAUGUGACAGAUAUUUCAUUGCCUUUGCCUUCAAUGAUGGCUU